GCCGGGGGAUGCGCAGAGGAGCGCGGGGGAGGGUCAGGCUCCAGGAAUACCGGCCCCGUCGUCUUUCCCGGUCCCUCCCCCGGCUGCUUCCUCCGCAGCUCCCUCCUCUCGGCCUCCCUUUCACCUCCGCCCACCCCCAAAAAAAAAAAUCAUCACCACCCCCCUUGCCUCCCAUCUCUUCCCCAUCUCCCGGUAUUGGUUUCCCCGCACGCCAGACCGCGUACCGGCGGCUCCCUCGCCCGCUCCCAUCGUCUUCCCGCCGGGAUCGGGACCGGCGCUCCAUGGAAGGGCAGCGCCUGAAGUUUGCCCGGAGCGAGGUGCCUUGGGAUGUGGAGCUGGGGGAUGAGCGAUGGAGGGGCCGAGCCCGGGAGGAGCCCCGUGCUGCUGGCCGAGCCCGCGGCCACCGGGAGGGCCCGGGAGAAGGCAGCGACCCGAGCGGAGCUGGAGACCGCUCUGUGCGGCGGCAGCGGCAAGGACAUCCCGGGAACAUCGACUGUCAGCCCCGGCUCUUCCAAGGAGUGCGCCCCGGACAGCCAGAGCCCGGCGGGAACCGGAGAGGCGGAUUAUUGCCGCCGCAUCCUGGUGCGAGAUGCCAAAGGGACGAUCCGGGAGAUCGUGCUUCCCAAGGGCCUGGACUUGGACCGACCCAAGCGGACGCGGACGUCCUUCACGGCGGAGCAGCUUUACCGCCUGGAGCUGGAAUUCCAGCGCUGCCAGUCAAGGUCUGGUUCCAGAACCGACGCACCAAGCAGAAGAAGGACCAGAGCAGGGACUCUGAGAAACGUUCCACCACCACCUCCGAGUCCUUCGCCACCUGCAACAUCCUCCGGCUGCUGGAGCAAGGCCGGCUCCUCUCCAUCCCGGCUCCCCCCAGCCUCCUCUCUCCGACUUCCAACCCCAUCACCGCUCCUACGGGCAACGGAUCCAGCUUGGCCACCCCGGGAACCACCUCUCCUGGGCUCAGCGGUGGGAGCAGCCCACCGGGACCAGGAGCCUUCAGCCUACAGGUUCCUUCCCUCGCCUCCUCUUCCUCGUCCUCCUCAUCCUCGCCCAGGCUGCCGGCCGCCCCGCUGGGCUUUGGGGGGCCUCUCCUGGGCAGCCUCCACGACCUCCCGGGCGCGUACGGACUGGGCACCUCUGCGUUUGAGCCUUACACGCGGCUGGAAAGGAAAGACAAUUCGAUACCCAGCAAGAAGCCGAGCCCUUAAAUCCAACAUGAGUGUCAAAAGGUCUCCCCCAAACCCCCGUCCCCGCAGCCCCCACGUUCCCCCCGCGCCCCGCACCGGGGUUGGCUUUGGAGAGCGGGAGGUGGAAGAUGGGUUCCAUCCCACCGG